AUGGCAAGGCUCACCGACGAUGUGGACUAUGAUGCCAGUGAAACGUCUGGGAAUGUACCACGUCUACGGUCCGACUCUGAAAAUGACAAUGCAUACUAUGGACUCCGGACUAGGUGCGUUCCUCUAGGUCUUCCUGCCAAUAUGACCAAUGUGUGA